CCGCUCCCACCCCGCCCCGCCGCUUCCUCGCCCAACUUCCCCAUCAGCCGGCGCUUCAACUAAAAGUGGCCAUUGACCUUUCAAGCUUUUGAAUAGUGAUGCAAUAGAAGAGUAUUUCAAAGAAAAAUGGUUAUCGAAAUGUUGGAUCCGGUUUUCCCAUGAGUGUUGAUGAUUUUUUAAAAAGUAGGUCACAUUUAAAGUAGGUCACAUCUCGGGAGGAGACAUGCAGGGAAGGAGAUGAGUUUUAACUGAGGCCAGGUGGCCUCCAACCAGGUGGGAGGAGGUGAGGGUCCCUGGGCAGGGAAGAAGAGCUGGGGAUCUUUCCGCAUUCCCGGUCCCCCAGGCUCCGGUUCUUCGGGAAAUCCCAGAAUUGAGCUCUCUCAGGCUGCGGACACGGAGGCGGGCGGGCCACGCGGACCACAGAGCGCGAGGAUCUGAGUGUCCCCUCCACGAUCGGCGCUGGCGAACUGUGCGUGAACGCGCCUGCGGGGGAUUUGGCCAUCUGUGCACCGGAACCCGGGGAGGAAGAGCCCGCAGCGCCCCAUCCCCACCCCUCCACCACCAUUUCGGGGACCCCUCAGGGAGUGGUUUUGGGGUUCCCACUGACUUCUAAGAAGGACGCUUGCCCUUCUCCGACCCCAGCUCGGGCGGCCACCUGUCUUUGCCGCGGUGACCUUUCUCCCAUGACCCUGCGGUGCCUCGAGUCCUCCGGGAAUGGCGCGGAAGGGGCGCAGAGCCAGUGGGGGACCGCGGGGUCGGCGGAGGAGCCGUCCCCAGAGGCGGCGCGUCUGGCGAAGGCCCUGCGGGAACUCAGUCACACAGGUUGGUACUGGGGAAAUAUGACUGUUAAUGAAGCCAAAGAGAAAUUAAAAGAGGCACCAGAAGGAACUUUCUUGAUUAGAGAUAGUUCGCAUUCAGAUUACCUACUAACAAUAUCUGUUAAGACAUCAGCUGGACCAACUAAUCUUCGCAUCGAAUACCAAGAUGGGAAAUUUAGACUGGACUCUAUCAUAUGUGUCAAGUCCAAGCUUAAACAAUUUGACAGUGUGGUUCAUCUGAUCGACUACUAUGUUCAGAUGUGCAAGGAUAAGCGGACAGGCCCAGAAGCCCCCAGGAACGGCACUGUUCACCUUUAUCUGACCAAGCCACUCUACACAUCAGCACCACCUCUGCAGCAUCUCUGCAGACUCACCAUUAACAAGUGUACCAGCACCAUCUGGGGACUGCCUUUACCAACAAGACUAAAAGAUUAUUUGGAAGAAUAUAAAUUCCAGGUAUAAGUGUUUCUUUUUUUUCUAAACAUGCCUCCUAUAGAAUAUCUCCGAAUGCAGCUAUGUAAAAGAGAACCAAAUCUUGAGUGACGGCUCUGGAUAACUACGUGGAAUUCUAAGACCAGCUGAAGUCAAUCUGAUUUAGUUGUGUGGCAAGGUAGCUAGGUAUUUAAAGUUUUCCCCACAUGUUUUCAACUGAGGGAUGCUUCCCUUCCUAAGGCUGACCAAGACCAGUUGAUCCUUUUAAGUUAAGAAUAAAACAUCCCAAGUAAAGGCUGAAGGAACAUUUUCUCAGAACUCUGACUUUCUGAGGUUUGUUGGUGUUAGGUGAAAGGUCCCAGCACUGGUAGGAGAGAAAGAGCCGCACUUAGGAGUGCCGAAGAAGUGGAAGGAACGAAACUGACACAGGCUUAACUUCAGUUCUUUGUGCCUGGUGAUCAGAGUCUAUUUUAGGACAUUUGAUAUUUUGCAUUCUGAUGUACUUAGGAGAUUUGUUAAACAGAUAUGCUUGUGAGUAUUUAUCCUUCAUUUUAUGCAAUUAACCAAAUCAACCAAAAAAGGUGACCAUGAAAUCCUGUAUUUGUCUUUUUACUACAUGUAUGAACUCUCGUGAAUGAGUACUGUAGUAAUCCUCUUCAAGGGAGCCUUAUUUCAGAAAUAUUUCAAACUGGUGCAAAUGGAAAAGACUUCUUUUCCUUUAAGGCUAAAGACAAGAAUGUCAUGCUAUACAGGUGCAACUCAAUCCUUGUUAAUAAAACCGUGUAGAUAGAGACAUUUUACCCUUUGAAACAGCUGCGUCCCCAACCUGUUGCCAUUGAUUUUUUGGAAAUGGCUUUAGGAAUUUCCAAGUGGUUUAACCAUAGACAUUAGCAGUUGUCUCCCUUCUACCAUGUAGAAUACUUUGACUUAAUUUUCUUCCAGAUAUAGGGGGAUACAUGCCUGCUUUUCAAAGUGUUUAUUUACUGCUGUUACUAUUUGAUUAGAAUGUAUUAAAUAAAAAAAAAUGGACUUUCA